CGAGUGCUUUCGUCAAGUCAUCUCAUCGAUAGCAAGGUGUAGGUAUAAUUUGGUGCUACGCAUUUUAUCUAUGCUUCAGUGCUUCGCUUUCCUGUUAUAUAUUGGGUACCACCGGUCGGUCGUAGACUCAGUUUUGGGAGAGCUGUUAAAUCAUCGCGGGGUUUAGCGUGGACCAUGGAGCCCAUCACCGUAGUGCUGAGUGGAUUUAUUUUCGUAGUGUCAAUCGUGUAUCUGUUUGUGCGCAGCAAGCACAACUUUUGGAAGGACCAGGGUGUUCCGUAUGCAGCGAAUCCGCACUUUUUCUACGGACACGUUAAGGGACAGUCCCGUACGCGACAUGGAGCCGAUAUCAACCAGGAGCUGUACCAACAAUUCAAGCAACGCGGUGUACCGUACGGUGGAAUCAGUCUUUUCAUAAUGCCUUCGCUGAUCGUGGUAGACCCGGAGCUGGUGAAAACGAUACUGGUGAAGGACUUUAACGUGUUUCACGAUCGCGGUGUGUUUUCCAACCCAAAAGACGAUCCGUUCACCGGGAAUUUGUUCGGGUUGGAAGGUAACCCAUGGCGCUUGUUGCGUCAGAAGCUCACGCCGACGUUCACCUCUGGUCGUAUGAAGCAAAUGUUCGGCACGAUAUGGGAUGUGGCACUCGAGCUGGAAAAGUAUAUGGAACAGAACUACCGUCAGCCGGAGAUUGAGAUGAAGGAUGUGCUAGGUCGGUUUACGACCGAUGUGAUUGGGACCUGUGCUUUCGGAAUCGAGUGUAAUACGCUUAAGACACCGGACUCGGAAUUCCGCAAAUACGGCAACAAAGCGUUCGAGCUGGAUCCCGUGACGUUGACGAAGUUUUUUUUCGCCUCCUCAUAUCCACAGCUGGCGAGAAAGUUACACGUUCGUACUACCCAGCAGGAUGUGGAAGACUUUUUCAUGAAAAUAGUACGCGAGACGGUGGACUAUCGCGAAAUGAACAAUGUGCAGCGUAAUGAUUUCAUGAACCUGCUGCUGCAGAUCAAAAACAAGGGCAAACUGGAUGAUCACGGUACGAUCGUGGGCAAGGGUGAGGUAGGGCUAACACACAACGAGCUGGCUGCACAGGUGCUUAUCUUCUUCCUGGCUGGCUUUGAAACUUCCUCCACAACGUUGAGCUUCUGUCUGUACGAGCUGGCCAAGAACCCGGGAAUACAGGACCGACUACGGGACGAGAUCACUCGCGCAAUCGAUGAUAAUGGCGGUGAGGUGACGUACGAUGUUGCCAUGAACAUACAGUAUCUGGAUAACGUAAUCAACGAAACGCUUCGUAAGUAUCCACCGGUGGAAACGCUCACACGCAAACCGGCACAUGAUUAUGUAAUUCCCAGCACCAAACACAUUAUACCGGAAGGAACAAUCGUGCAGAUACCGAUUUAUGCGAUCCAGCGUGAUCCCGACCAUUUCCCCGAUCCGGAACGGUUCGAUCCCGAUCGGUUCACGCCGGAGGAGGUGAAGAAGCGACAUCCCUACGUGUAUCUACCGUUUGGUGAAGGGCCACGUAUUUGUAUUGGGUUGCGAUUUGGCGUGAUGCAAACCAAGGUGGGUUUGAUCAAUCUACUGCGCAAAUUCCGCUUUUCACCAUCAGCCAGUACGCCUGAAAAAGUGGUGUUCGAUCCGAAGAUGUUCACACUGUCCCCCACAGGUGGUAACUAUCUGAAGGUAGAAAAAGUCGUGUAGUGUUUUUUUUCAUCUUCAAGGGAAUGAUAUUUUAAUUGUAGAGUACAAAUAUACACAUAAGGAAGAAUGGAAAGAACCGAAAGUAAAAAGGGCGUUCUUGUUGAAAUAUAAUAGAGAAUAAACAUAAAUACCUGUUGACACCCAAAAUAUCCUUUAAUAACAAAUGUGUUUUUUUCGUAAUUUGUUUGAAGUCCUUGGUUGUAGAUAAGGUUAACAUAAAGCAGGCUUAAACAAGUUGACCAUUACGCCGAAUAAUGAUCAAAAGGAAAAAACGAUAGAAAGAGCUCCUCGACUUCUGCUCAUGUGGGGCGCUUUAGUUGAGAUUCGAACCAAGAUCGGAAGUUUCUUUUGUCCAAGCCAUAACAAAUGUACCAUGUGACCUUAUAUCUUACAGGCACUAAUAAAGUCAGUUUGAUGCUGAUUUUGUUGAAUUAU